CGGUCGGGUGCUGAUCCCUUUUUAAUCCUGUCUUUAUUGUCCUUGCGUUUCAGUGGCCAUUCUCCCCUCCGCCGCGGCUAUAUACCUCUCAUCUCUGUCCUCUUCUAUCCUUCCCCGUUUAUCCAGAGCCUGAGCCAAAUCUAGGAGCUUCCUUGAUCUGCCUUCCGAGGGUUGUUUGAUUUUCUGGGGGUGCGGUCAAGAACCCACCUUGAAUUCCGCUGAAAUUUGGUCGUUUUCUUCUUGCUUAGGUGUGCUGUUGGUUUUGUAAUCCUUGGGGGCUUUAUUGGUUCUUGAGUUGCGAUCUUCUCCUGCUGUGUCUAUCCUAUUCAUCAUCAUCCGGUGUCUAGGAAAUCGCGGCUCUUUCUUGCACCAGUUUGCUUCUUUGUUGAUCUCCUGCGUUUCUGCAGCUUGGUUACAAUUUCUCAAGGGAAAAAGAUUUCUGUUCAUCGAGGGAGCACAGCAGUUGUUUCAUUGGAGAAGUUUCAGGAAAAUACAAGCACAUCCUUGGAAUUUGCUUCGUUUGCUUGUUCCUUGUCUGUUUCAAAGGAUCCAAUGGGGGAUGUAUCGUUGAAUCGACCUAUUAAGGCCGACCCACCUGCCGGUGGCAUUGCCAAGGGAAAUCGAAUUCUGGACAUGAUGUCUGCCGGGUGGACAGACGAGAGACACAUGUUAUAUAUAAGCUCCAUGGAGGCUUCUUUCGUCCAUCAACUAUACAAUCACGGAAACCAUCCGCACAAUGCCCAUGGCAAUGGCUUCAAGGUUCUCCGCAGGGGCGUGUGGGAGUACAUCAAGUAUGAGAGGACUAAUCCUCGUGUGCAAAGUGGGACCAAAUGCUGCCUGCCUGCAAAUCCCUGGAUCCAGCAUUUCAGGCCGCGUGAUUGUGGUAGCAAUGCACAAAGCGAUGGGCUGGAGGCUUCAGUUGGCGAUCAUGAAUCGGGUACGCAGACAAACCGGAAGAGGCUUUCAGUGUCUCAUGGAAGGGAAUGGGAGGCUUGCAAAGGAGACAACAAGCUCCUUGGUGAAAGUACAGAGGUCUCUGAUCAGAAUUUUGCUGACGACGAGGCAGAAGUUGAAGCAGAAUCAAGUAAGGCACGCAAGAAAAGGAGAUUAAGCAGCACAUCCCACUACUGUGAUGAAUGAUCAAGUAAAUUCGCAGGACCAAUUAGCUUAGUCUGUUGUGAGAUGACUAUCCCAGAAAGUGCUAAGAUGAUUGGGGCGAGUCCCUCAAUUUCUCUGCUGCCACAAAAGCUGUUGGAAGGCAAGAUACUUUGAUCUGGAGGAAAGCGCCGCAAGAGUAGUUAUUAGUGAUUUUGUAAUCUACAAGUAAUGGAGCAGUUAGUAGCGGCAUUUUAGUGGAUUAAGUUCUUGUUAUAUGUAUGUGUGUAUUUUGCAGUCUUCAUCAGUAGUACUGUUUAGUGCCUCACCCUCGUCAGAAUAAUAAUAGGCUAGCUCUCUAUUUUGCAAUAUGAGUGAAUCGUAUAUGUUUGCAACA